UAUGUCAGCAAAGUAGGCUCUUUCUGCUCGACUUUCACUCGACUGGCAAAAUAACUCAGAAAAUUUCGACUGCCUUACUGCUGAUCAAUAACAAGCCGGAAAAAUAAAGAAAAACUUUGGAAAACAUGAAUUUCAUGCCGCUCUUUAUAUUUGUAAUACACGUACUCUACUAUGGAGUGAUGAAUAUUACCCAACCGCAAUGCAUGUGGAAUGCGACUCAGGCAAAGAUUUUGGAGGAAAUCGAUUUGAACAGAAAUCCGAUUCUAUACGAUGAAGAGCGGGCAUGGAGGAAGGAGAUGGCGAUGAUUAGUUGGAUAUUGGGAGUGCCCUAUGACGUGAUGCAAAUGAUAGAAGAUACGCUGAACAACAUAACAGCACCCAGGAACUUGGACGGCGAUGCCAUCGAGAUGAAAAAGGACAACGAAAACUUCACGGUAGUUACUUACAUUGAGAACAACGACACCAACAACUCUGGCAACUUGACUUCAAGUACGGAGAUAUACAACUAUUGGGACUACCGUAUACUGCCCAACGAAACCUUGAUCGCCAUGCGCUAA